AAACAGGUCUCGAACUCCUGGCCUGAAGUGAUCCUCCUGGCUUGACCUCCCAAAGCAUUGGGAUUACAGAAAUGGCCCCUGGCAUCCAUUAUCAAGGAAGUUUGUGAUAGGCCACCCAAUCCCUUGAGCAACUCUAUUGAAAAGGACUUAUGAGAAGCUUCUGGACAAGACAGUGGCCAAGUGGGAUAUACUGUUUUUCUCUUGCAUAAGUGGUCAUUGCCAAACCCAGAGUAUUACACCCUCCGUCAUGCAGAUGGUCCUCAGCUGUACAUCACCAAACAGAUUGCAGGGUAUGUGAGACAGCCCAUGGUGGAUGUGUCAGUCCUUCAGAGGUCCCUGGCCAUCCUGGAGAGCAUAGUCCACACCAGAAGAUACCAGUGUCUGUACCAGAAGAUAGCUGAGGACAUCACCGUGGGACAGCUCAUCUCACACUUCCAGGUGUGUGUAUUGGGUGGAGGAGCAUUAUGUAUGGAACUUCUCACAAAACAGGGCUGAAGCAGUGCCUACUCAAUAGAAUAGGUCAUCGUGCAAAGAGAUGCCACCUGACUGAAAGGCAAAGCCAGAGUGCAGCUUGGAGCAAAGAAGCUGCCUGGUAGGUGACUGGAGGUGUUGAUCAGUGCUUGCUGGGAUUUUGCUGAUGUGGCCCCAACCCCGCCUCCCUCCCCACCCUGCAAUGGCAGAAGAAACUCAACAGAGCAAAUUCGCGGCAGCCAAGGAAAAGUUAAGAGAAUGUUGGCAGAGAAACAGCUCUGGUGUUCCAGGAGGAGCAAAGAGGAACAGGAAAACAAAUGGCAAUAUCUCUGAGACAGCCAAUUCUGGUGAUUGCCACUCACUUGGGGAUUCAGCAACAGGUUUCCACGGGGAGGGCCCUACAUCAUCUGCUACCCUGAAGGAUCUGAAGAGCCCGUGCCAAGAACUAGCAGUAGUCCUGGACUCGAAGUCCGUAAAAAUCAGUCAACUGAAGAAUACCAUCAAAUCUUUGAAGCAACAGAAGAAACAAGUGGAAUAUCAGCUGGAAGAAGAAAAGAAAGCAAACAACAAGAAACGGAGAGCUGAAAGGGAGCUAGAGGUUCAAAUCCAGAGAUUGAACAUACAGAAAGAGAAACUAAAUUCAGACCUGUAGCACAUGAAACACUCUCGCAGACACUUUGAAGAAGGGUCCAAGGAUCUGGUUGGCCACCUGCAGUAUAGAGGAGAGUUAGAGCAGCUCUCUGCUGUCGCUGCUACACAGAAGAAGAAGGUGAACAGCUUCUCGAGCCGCAGUAAAGCAUGUAUGAAGUGGAAGUUAGAGCAUUCCAUACAGGAGCAGGCACUGCUAAAAGCACAGCUGACACAGUUGAAGGAGUUGCUGAUACAAGUCCAGCUAGAGAAAGAUGAAUUUGCUCAGCAUAUAAAAGGGAGGGCCCGGUGGCAGCAGAGGAUGAGAAAAAUGUCGCAGGAGGUUUGCACAUUGAAGAAGGAGAAGAAGCAUGAUGCUUGUCGGGUAGAGAAGCUGGAGAGGAGCUUGUCCAAACUCAAAAACCAGAGGGCUGAACCCUUGCCCCCGGAGCCCCCAGCAGUGACCUCUGAGGUGGAGCCGCAGCACCUGAGGAAGGAGCUGGAGAGAGUGGCAGGAGAGCACCAGGCCCAGGUGAAAAACAAUCAGCGCAUAAGUCUCCUGAACCGGGGGCAAAAGGAGAGGCUUUGGGAGCAGGAGGAGAAGCUUCGGGAGCAGGAGAGGCUUCAGCAGCUGGCCAAGCCACAGAGUGUCUUCAAGGAGCUGAACAACGAGAACAAGAGUGCACUGCAGUUGGAACAGCAAGUAAAGGAGCUUCAGAAGCUUGGCGAGGAGCAUCUGGAAGCUGCCAGCCAGCAGAAACAGCAGCUAACGGCCCAGUUGAGCCUCAUGGCUCUCCUUGGGGAAGGAGAUGGAGGAGGACAUCUGGACAGUGAGGGGGAGGAGGCACCUCGGCCCAUGCCGAGUGUCCCAGAGGCCCUGGAGAGCUGGGAGGCCACGAGCGGCCUUAUGGACCUCUUGGAGGAGAAGACAGACCUGAGGGAGUGGGUGGAGAAACUAGAACUUCGAUUCAUUCAGUCCUGGAGAGAGAGAUGCCAUCAGAAAGUUCAUCACCUUAAUACAGAGCCGGGUGGCAGUGCCAAAGAUGCGGCACCGGGAGGAGGACAUCAUCAGGCUGGCCUAGGACAGAGAGGAGAUGAAGGUGAAGCUGCUGAAGCUGCAAGAGAUGAUGUUGCGGCUUGUGGUGACUACAGUGAGGGGCACAGCAAAUUCAUGGCCACUGCCCAGAAUCCUGCUGAUGAGCCCAGUCCAGGAUCCCCAGCGCCCCAGGAGCUUUUAGCUGCCCACAAGCAUGGUGAUCUUUGUGAGGCGAUCCUCACUGACAGUGUGGAGCCUGUGCAAGGAAAGGCCAGGGAGGGUUCUCCCCACGACAGCCCUACUGCAGAGCCAAUCGUUCAGGACCACCAGGUGCACCCAGGCUUGGGCAGCAACCACUGUGUGCCAUUCUUUUGCUGGGCUUGGCUGCCAAGAAGAAGGAGAUAAACAUCACCAUCAUCAAAGGGCUGAUCAAGAAAUUUUUUAAAAAACAAAGUUAUGGGGUUAAUCUCCUACACAAUUCAUUUACUUCAUUUGAAUGUUACAGCCACUCACGAUUAUUUGUGUUUCUAAUUUAUAGUUUAAGUUUAUUUGUAAAAAGUUAAAAGAGAGUGGAUCUCUGUGGCUUUCACUGAUGUUCACUCUGGCAUCCUUUAGCAUUUUUCUUUUUCAAUUUCAUAAUUGUAGGUCAUUAGCAUGCAUAUUGAGUUUGCCCUUACAUGAUGGGAGUUCAAAUACACAAAGACCCACUAUUUGCACAAAACUAUUCUCGAUGGUUUGGAAUAGGCUGCCCUGCGUUUUUAAUGUUAUUGCCGCAUGUAUAUUCAUUACAGAAUUCAGAUAAAAUUUGCUUAUACUCUGCUAUUGUUUGAUCUAAUCUUAAUCACAGUGAGCUCUUCAUUAGCUCAAUAUGUGGUUUGACCCCCAAGUGUGCACUGUUUAUUACUUUGUAAUAUGCCACUAUGAGUACUGACAUUUAGAGUUGUUUAAAGGCCGAGAACUGGAAACAGCCUUUCCUCCAUUUUCUGUGUAUUGGUGAUGGGAGUCAUAAUCUUUUGGGGGAGCUUUUUAAAUCUCACAGAAGAGGAAAGUGGCCUGCUCUGGCAGGUAUGUGCAGGAUAGAGGGUGUUUCAUCUGUUCCGGUGCCAAGAAUUAGCGCUGUAUUAUGGUGGUUCCCUUAGGAUUUGUAUGUGCUCUGGGCUCAUGAAGAUAUUGCAUCAUGAGCUGCAGCAGUUGUACUCUUUUUCGAUGACCUAAAAAGGGAUGAUUUCUGAGGAAUGAAAGGUUCCCAUCAUUGACUGUGCAUGUGGAAAACCUUUCCUAGCUUAGAGCAUUUGUAUCUAUAAUACAUUUUAAAGUCAGAGUACAUGUUACCUGUUUUAAUCACAUGACUACAUGCCUCAGUACACAAAAGGGCACUGGUUGGCAUUCUUCUUAAUGUAUUUAGUAAAGAUCAUAAGAAAUCCUUUAAGAGUUUAACUGUCCCUGGAACAGGCAUACAGGCUCUAGUCAAGAAUGAAUUAGAGUGAAGGAAAGCUGUGUGAUGCCUGGCAUUCCUCUCUGUUCACGGAGCUUCUUUGAGGCUUGAAGAUUGAUUUUAACAUCUAGACCUCUCUGGCUAAUACCUAUUCUUCAUCCACCUUGGUUACUCUGACAUAGGAGUUUACUUCUUUUCCUUGAAUGGAAAACACUUUAAAAAAUAAUAACAAACAUUAUUAUAAACUAAUAUAUGUGAGAGUACUUAGUUGAAACAAAAAGGAGUUUUAGUAAACAGUAUUAGACUAUCUUUGAAAAUCAAGGAGAAGUUUAUGCAACUUAAAAUGUUUACAAACCGCAGUGCAAUCUACUGUUUGUGAAUGUCAAUGUAUUAUCAGGAAACGUGUCUAUACAAUCACACAGUUAUAUUUCCUCACAAACUUCUUUACAAAGAGUGAAAUAUGUUUCUGUACCUCUUGGUUUCAGUUAGGGACGUGUUUUGUGCAAUAUUUAUGUGAUUGUGCCUAUGCGUGAUGAAUGAAUGCAUUUCAGUCAUAUAUUGCCUAAAUCAUAACUUGAUGAUGCUUGGGAAAGACUCAACAGUUCAAACUUCAUGAAGUUCUAAUGUCUGUAUUCCAGAACACAUCACAUUAAUAGGAUGUAGGGAGAUAUGUAUGUGUGCUCCCUGGGGUGGGGAUUUCUAAUUACUAGACCAUCUCCAUAUUUAGCAUCUGGCAUCCUCAUGAUACUUCUAUAAAUAUGACGUUAACAAGAGGGCAGCAAUACGAUUCUGCUGAUGGAAUAACAGAUUUGCUGGCAUUCACUGAAAGAGUGCAAAUAUUCGGUCCUUGUGACUUCAACUGACUCUUCCAAAUUAUAUGAAUGUAUCAAUGUAUUAGACAAACCCAGUUUCAGAAUGAUAAAGAAAAAUUGGUAGACCAAAUAAUGCGGCCAAUUAUCAGUGGUACAGUUUCUAGCCUGUGGGUUUAACAUGCACUUAAAGUCCUGUUCUUGCCUUUUAUUUUCUGAACUUGCUGCUUUUGCAUUCUUUGAGUUCAGUUUAAAGACAGUUACCACCAUCUGUAACCAGUCUGAACAAUAAUGUGUUCAUCAGGUGCCUAUGGAUUAAAUCAUAUACUGGCAUAUUUGAGCUGAAUGUCAGUCUGGAAAAUAAAUUUACUAUAUUAACUGAAAUACCACUCUUUGUGUAGGUAUUUGUCAUAUAUUUAAGAAAAAGCUAAAAAGAAUGGAAAUUGUAUGACAAUAACUUAAGUCUUUCUUCAAAGUGCAUGCCGUCUUUUGCAAUACCUAAUUCAGCCAAGUAUUUGUGCUCUCAUUUAGUAUAAGGCAGCUUUCAAUUUGCUUAGAAGGCAACAUUGGAAGGUUAGAGUUCAUCAGAAACAUAGAAUUUUAAAAUGUGAGUUCAAUUGAAUAAAUUUGAAUUUCUGUAGGAAUAAUCAAAACACCUAAAGAUUGCAAUAUAUAAUAAUCAUUUUUAAAGUAUUUGUUUAAACCUUAUAGGUUUUCCAGAAAUGAAAAAAAAAAUCAGCUCUAAAACCAAAGCUGAGUUUUGGAAAAUUUGAAAAUGUAAAUCAGCCCUAUACAUAAUAUAGUUUCUCUAAACGUUUAUCUUAGUCAUUUAAAAAUAAUAUAACUAUUAAAAAAUGUAACUGCUAUCUUAGUGUUCUGAAAUAAGUUAAAACAUUUAAAAAUAUGAAUACUGUAGUUUAAAAGAAAGAAACGUUGGGAAGGAAAAGUAGAGAAAGAAAUGCCAAUUCCAGUCCAAAGCUUUAUUUGCCAAGUUUUCUUAGAAUGAAUUUUACCAAUUUAUGAAUUCUUGUAAACAGACUCUAUAAUGGAAAUACUGAAAGACUUUUGCCUAAAGUGGCAUUAUUGACUGCUGGUGUGAUGCUACUGUAAUGUAAUAAAUUAUUGUUGCAAA